AUGUCUGAUGAGUGUUUGCAGUAUCACGAUGAUGAUGAAUCCUCUAGGUAUGGUUGCGGUUUGAUUGGGUUCAAGAAAAACCAAGUGUUCGAUUACAAUUUAAACAGUGAGAUAGAGGUUAAUGAUGAUUUGUUUGAGAUAAAUCUGAAGAAGGAAGAACCAUUGGAGUCAAUAAAAGAAGAGUUUGAGAACAGUACUGUGUCUUCUCUUGAUAUUCAUAACAAUAAAUUAGGUGAUGUUGUUUAUGUGGCAGUUAGAAUAGACGAUGAAGGUUCAAGCAUGGAAGCACUUUCAUGGGCUUUGAAACAUUCUGUUAUACCUUCCAUUACUACUAUCUCUCUUCUACAUGUUUUCCCUCAAAUCAAACAAAUUCCAAGUCCACUGGGAAAAAUACCAAGGAGUCGUGUAAAUCAAGAGCAUGUUGACAUCUACUUGGCUCAAGAGAAAAGCAAGAGGAGAAUGUUGCUUCAAAAGUUCAUUGACCUAUGUACCGAUUCCAAGGUUAAGGUGGAGGUGUUACUUAUUGAGAGUGACAACUUUGUUAAAGCCAUUGUAGAUCUUGUCAUAAAUAUAAAUAUAAUGAAAUUGGUGAUUGGAAUUCCAUCGUCUAAUCUAAGGAAACACAGGUCAAGUAGGAAACAUUCCAUUGCAGACAUGGUGUUAAAAAGUGUAGAAGAAAAGUGUGAUGUGAGAAUCAUAUGUGAAGGAAGAGAAAUGAUCGAUCAAAUGAUUAAUGGGUGCACUUCAUCACAGCAUGAUGAUGUAUAUGGUUUUGUUCGAGUCAAACGUUUCAUGUCCAAUCCAUUUUGGUUAUUUAGGUUUAAGUAUACUAGUUUAUAG